AUGGCGAUGGGCCGGCAGCCGUCAUACUGCGGGGCAUGCGGCGAGGAGGAGGAGUUGUUCUGUGAUCAGUGUGAGGUGGGACUAUGCACUGAGUGUGAUAUCCUGGUUCAUGCAUGCUCCCCUUACGAUCAACACGAGAGAAGGCCAGUAAGGUUAGACAGGCUCGACAACGCCUCCUUGAACAUAGUUAACGACUCUGACUCUCUGUCUCGUAUCCAAGUGGAUGGAGAAACGUGCAUUGAUGGCCAGGGAUCGAACUUAUCCCAGCAACACGACAGGUCACAGGCACCUAUGGCAUCCAACUCGGGCGAAACUGAGACAGAGCGGCUACUACAGGAGAUCCAUAAGAAGAUCGGAAUGUUGAAGCCGAUUGAAAUGCGAACUACGUCAGAUGAAAUCCUUGGUCUGUCUUCGAGGGAUCUGAGAAUGGAAGCGGACAAUGCACGGAGGCAUUGUCGUAAGAUGAUCGAAUGUUUGACUGAGAUCCGAGCAAAGGUUGAGAGGGCCCUGCAGUGA